AUGAUGCACACUGCCGGCGUGCGGUUUCGCUCAAGAUUAGCGCUUGCGGGUAUUCUCCGCGGCUCCCGAUUGACGCCAUGUUCGCGCCCGCACGAGGCGUUGCGGCGAUUUCAUCGGCCGGCUUAUUUGCGCGAGUCUGGUUCGAUCGAGCUGCCUAGCUUCCUGCAGGCGUAUAAGAAGGCUGGUAUGUAUUCCGAUGACGUUUGGGCACUUCAAUUGCUAAUAGGGAUCUGUAUAGUUGAAUUCCCUCCUGCCACGCAUGACUUCGAGUCCUUCCUCUCGCAGGCCGAGCCUAACACCGAAGUCGUCCUACACGGUUACCUUGGACAGAGGGCAGACCUCUCCAAGAAGCUCUCUUUCGUUCGCCUAACCGAUCCCACGAUGAAACAUAGUCUACAGAUUGUUGCGUUCGCGAAAAACAACGCCUUCGAGCAACUAAAAGACUUGAAUGCGAAUAGUCCUGUCGCGGUACGAGGUACCGCCCAGCGGAAGAAACAAAAGGCGUCGGAGGCAGGAGAACAAGCGCCGGAGGAUAUGUGGGAAAUCGCAUUGGAGGAAAUUCAUCCACUGAACGACUUUCCCAAGGAGAUCAUCAUGACUCCGGAGACGGUCUUUGCGCCCGAGCAGCGCUAUCUACAGCUCCGCUCGGACGCAGAGUUGAGAGAGGCAUUGAAGUUUCGCGCGGAGGCUCGCAAUGCCUGUAGAAAGGAGCUGGAGGAGGGCUGUCAGCCCCCUUUCGUUGAAAUUGAGACGCCUAUGUUGUUCAAGUCUACGCCGGAGGGUGCGCGUGAAUUCCUGGUCCCCACCCGUCGCCCUGGGCUUGCGUACGCGCUGCCUCAGAGUCCCCAGCAGUAUAAGCAGAUUCUCAUGGCCAGUGGUAUGCCACGAUACUACCAAUUUGCUCGCUGCUUCCGCGAUGAGGACUUGCGGGCGGACCGUCAGCCGGAAUUUACCCAGCUGGACAUGGAGAUGUCCUUUGGUACGGGUGAUGAUGUGAUGCGGACUAUUGAGGGGGUUAUUCGUCGUCUCUGGUCGGCAUUGAUGAAGGAUCCUGCGCCCGAAGGCCCCUUCCGCAGGGUUUCGUACCAGGAGGUCAUGGCCAAGUAUGGAUCUGACAAACCCGACACUCGAUAUGGCAUGGAGAUCAUGCGGAUAGAUCACCUUCUGCCAGUCGACCUGGUCAACAAAAUCUCUCCGCUGAACGAACCAAUUGUCGAAGCUUUCAGGAUAGAGGGCAACGACAAUGAACCUCAAGAAACUCAUAGAUUUAUUUCCCAAUUCCUUGACUCCCCCGCAGGCGCCCCAUUCAACAACAACCCAGAUGGAGGCCCCGGAGUCUUCGUUUAUAAUGGCAAGCAACCCCUCUGCGGCUUGCAGCCCUUUGGCUUCGAAGCCGCUGAGCAGAUCGAAGAGGUCCUGGAACCAGAUCACGGCGACCUGAUCAUCCUGCAAGCUCGUCCCCGAGCUCCCUUCUCAGGCGGCUCAACACCAAUCGGUGACCUGCGCCGGGCCCUACACGCCUACGCCGUCUCAACCGGCUUCAAGCCCGCCCCCACAGGCUUCAACUUCAUGUGGGUUGUCGAUUUUCCCCUCUUCUCCCCAUCAUCCGACACCGAGCCGGGACAAGGCGGCGCCGCAGGAAUAUCAUCAACCCACCAUCCCUUCACAGCGCCCAAGACAGCCGCCGACGUGGACAUGCUCCUCACAGACCCGACACAAGCCGUGGCCGACCACUACGACCUCGUCGUAAAUGGCGUCGAGCUUGGCGGUGGCAGUCGUCGUAUCCACGACGCUGCUGUUCAAGAAUUCAUUCUGCGUGAUAUCUUGAAAAUGCCUGCUGAGCGUCUUGCUGAUUUCUCGCAUCUCCUUGAUGCUUUGCGGGCUGGGUGUCCGCCUCAUGCGGGAUUGGCGCUCGGCUUUGAUCGUCUGGUUGCUGUUAUGUUGGGAAAGGAGUCUGUUAGGGAUGUCAUUGCUUUCCCGAAGACUGGGAAGGGUGGUGAUGAUGCUAUGGUUGGGGCGCCGAGUCCGAUUACCCAGCAGGCUUUGGAGACGUAUCAUCUCCGUUUGAGGGAGUAG